AUGCAAGCCAUUAUCAAAGUAGGAGAAGGGAAAGUAGCGCUCAAGACUGUGGAAGUCCCUAAACCGGGGCCAGGUCAAGUCCUUGUGAAGAUUUUCGCGGCUGCACAGAAUCCAUCCGAUUGGAUGAAGCUCAAAAGAGGUUGGGGUGAAGGGGAGGGACUCAUCGUGGGCCAUGAUUUUGCUGGGGUGAUCCAGCAGUUGGGGCCAAAUGUGUCCGAGUCUACCCGAUCCAGCAGACAGAUUGGACAAAGAGUAGCAGGCUUUGUGAAUGGAUGCAUGACACCUGAGAAUGGAGGUUCCUUCACAGAGUAUUGUGUAGCGGAUGAGAAGAUGCUUAUAGACCUACCGGACGAUAUGAGUUUCGAAUCAGCUUCGACUAUCGGUUUUGCUGCAUUCACUGCUUGUCAGGCACUUUGGCAGAAUCAAACACUUCCUACUCCAUUUGAUGCUACGAAAAACCCAUUCCCGAUUUUGGUUUGGAGUGGAGCUUCAGCAGUAGGACAGUAUGCUGUUCAGCUCGCCAAGCAAUCGGGCCUACAGGUCAUAACGACCGCUUCACCUAGGAACCAUGAACUCCUCAAGAAGCUGGGUGCAGAUGCUGUAUUCGACUAUAGAGAUAACGAAGUGGUAUCCAAAAUCACCACGUUCUGCGGAGACAAUGAAUUAAACGUCGCCAUCGACUGUGCAUCUAAUGAUGAGUCUAUCUCACUCAUUGCUCAAUGCAUCGGAGACCGGAAAGAAUCAUACAUUGCAUUGGUGCUCCCCGUAGAAGUGAAGGCGAAACAUAUCAGAUCCGACUUUACUUAUGUUUAUACACUUUUGGGAAAGCCAACAAGAGAUAAGUAUAACUAUCCAGCCAUCCCUGAACACUAUGAGCUAGGAAAAUGGUGUGCGGGUUUGUUAAGUCACCUUGCGAAGCAGGGUGCACUCAGCACUGUACCAAUCCGGGUUGUUCCCAAUGGGCUUGCAGAUGCGCAGUAUUGGAUUAAGUAUCAGGAGGAAGGAAAGGUUCGCGCGGAAAAGAUCGUGUAUCGUGUUCGUUCAAGUUAG